AGAAGGGCCGCGGCGGGGGCGGGCUCGGCGCGGGGGCGGUGCCGGUCCCUCCCUGCGUCCCUCCUCCCUUGCUGCUCCUCCCGCCCCGUGCCGGCGCCAUGGCGGGCCCGGGCGGUGCGGGCGAUGCCGGGGACGCCGGGGAUGUGCUGAGCGGAGACAGCGAGCGGCGGUGCCGGGCGCGGCUGGCGGCGGCGGGCACGGCGGCAGCGGCGGCGGCCGCGGUGCUGGUGCCGCUGUGCUCGGUGCGCGGCCGCCCCGCGCUGCUCUUCACGCUCCGCUCCCGCCGCCUCGCCGGCCCCCACAGCGGCGACGUCAGCUUCCCCGGUGGGCGGCGGGACCCGGCGGACGGGGACGCGGUGGCCACGGCGCUGCGCGAGACGCGGGAGGAGCUGGGGGUGGCGGUGGCACCCGCCAGCGUCUGGGGACAGCUUCGGACCCUGCCCGACCGGCAUGGAAUGACCGUGGCGCCCGUCGUGGCCAACCUGGGGCCGCUGGAGUCCUUGACACUGAGCCCCAAUCCUGACGAGGUGGAGGAGGUGUUCACCCUGCCCCUGGCUCACCUGCUCCGUGAGGAGAACCAGGGCUACACCCACUUCCGCACGGCCAGCGGUUACGGGUACACCCUGCCCGUGUUCCUCAACGGCCCCCACAAGGUGUGGGGGCUCACGGCCAUCGUCACCGAGCUGACCCUGGAGCUGCUGGUGCCCAGCCGCUACCGCAGGAAGACCCACGUGCCUGCCCGGAAAGCCCCGGCCUGAGCGGGAGGGGCAGGGGGUGGCUCUGGGGUCUCCACCCGAGCACAGGGGAGACUGCUCCAGGGCCAGCAGUGAUGUCGCACACUGUGAUUCAGUAAAAGCCAUGUUUGGAACUGCCCCGGGCUCUG